ACUAAAAGAUGCAGUCAGACGCUAUCAACAAUAGAUAGAUAGAUACAGUAGAUAGAUCUCUUGGUUCUUGAUUGCUUGCUUAGUAGCAAAGACUUGCUAUAGAAACAACCUUGCUCUCCUUCCAAGUCGAAGAAAAGAAGUGCAUGCUCAUGAAGUAAGUUUGCUGUUGUUGCCGAUCCUUCAAGUCUCCACCUGUUCGGCGAAAGACUUAACAAAUUGGAAGCGGUACUCAAAGGUACAGAGAUCGAUGACGUCUGAGUUUUGCACUCAUAACCUUUCUCAUUCAAAGAUCCAAACAUCACUUGCGCGCAACUUGCGUCACCUCGACCUCUUCUCAAAGUGCCAACAAACAAUCUGUUUUUUUGACAGUCCCAUCAUCAAUCCCAGCACCACUGAUAAGAUCACACUUGGCCAUUGGCUCUUGACCGUGUCCUUCUUUGCUUUUCUCUUGGAGCCUUCUCGAUCGUCGUUAGGCUUCUCUACUAGCUAGUAUCCUCAUCACAGCAAACCAACUGAUCCAUCCAUCCAUCCAACCAAGAGGUAGCAUACCCAUCCCAAACACAGAGUAAUUCAGACAACAGAACUCCAUCCAAGUACAAAGAAACAACCAUGUUCCGACUAUCGACUGUCGUAGUAUCGACACUUGCCUUGAGCUGCCAUGCCUUUGUGACACCCACUUCUUCUUCUCGAGUAGUAGUAGAGACCACAAGUCGACUCUGGGCCAGUACUCCGGAACAAGGCAAUAAACGACCAUUGGUACUUCUCACGUUUGAUUUGGACGACACGCUGUAUCCCAUUGCCUCUGUCAUUAACGAAGCCAACGAUGCCUUUGUCAAGGCCAUGAAACAGUACGGAUUUGGCGCCGACAUUCAACCCACCGAUAUCGAUGACACGACCAAACAAGUCCGAUCCGAAUUGCCACCCGAAGAAGCGGCCGCACUCUCUCACACCGAAGCCCGCGAAUUGGCCAUUCGACGUCGCAUGGAAAAGGUACUCCUCAACCGAAAGCUACAAGAAACGGCCGAAGAUUGGGUCACGUCGGUAGAAGAUCUCAGUCCAGUAGUGGUCGAGAAUGCCAAACAAUGGACCGCCCGUGCUGUUUCCCCGUCCAUUGUCAAGGCCGUCAUGACGGCAUGGGAAAUGGAACGCCAUCAUGCCGCCGAACGCAAUCUCUAUCCAGAAGUGCAACAAGUGCUACGAGAAAUCAAACAGGAAUACCCACAUGUCAUUUUGGGAGCCGUCACGGAUGGCAAAGCCAAUCCCUUGCUCAUGACAUUCACACUCGCGCCAUACUUUGAUUUUUGCAUGUCCUGGGAAGACGAUCAAAAGGGACGACAACAAUUUUUCAAAGAACUCGCAUCGUCCAGUAGUUCCGCACAAUUGUCCUGGAUUUACAAUGCCGCGUUGGAAAAGGGACAAGAAAUGGCUACCGUCCAAGCCGCCAUGAAGGCUGCCGCCGCCAAGAACGACAAUCAUGAUUCGACAGAAGAAUUUGCCAAGGGUGUUUGGAUUCAUGUCGGAGACGAUCUGGCGUAUGAUGUCGGUGGAUCGGCCGCUUGUGGGGCCAAGACGAUUCUCUGCGAACUAGCCAAUGAAUACCAACAGACGGCACGACAACGAUUCGAUCAACUCGAGCAAGUCAAUAAUAACGAUGACGGAGAUCGAAAAAUGCCCACUUGGUCCACCAGCCCCACACCCGAAUUGGAAGUCCGACGCAAGAUGAACGAAGCUGCCAAACCACUCGUCGAUGAAACCAUCAAUUUCAUUCGAGAAUUGCCCGAUGCCAUUAGUCGAAUUCUGGCACGAGUACAAGACGAGGAAGGGACACUGGCGGCAUCUGGAAAAAGUAGUAGUACGACCGCAAAGGAGCAAUAAGAAGCAACAUGACAAGUUGCUUGCAAAGGACAAUAAUCAAUCCGUACUAUAAUAAGAGUUUUUUCUUUUGACGCAUGGAAAAUUGCGUG